AUGUACAAGCUAAUUCUAUUAACUUGGCUAUGUUUAUUGCCAAUACAAAUGGUGUCGUCCUCAGAUUCCACUAAAAAGUUGUUUCCCAAAACUGAUGUCAACGAUUUAGUUUACUUCAACCAAGUGUUUGAUAUGGCGACAAAACAAACAUCUGAUCCAGACCCAGAUUCAUAUGUUGAAAAUUCUAACAAAACUAUUACAUUAAUAACUUUGGACAAACCACCAAAAAACGAUACAAAUGCUGUCGACGCUCAAUUUAAGAAAAAAAAGGGUAAAUUAAAGCCCAAAUGGGAAUUGAAUGCUGGUGUUUAUUUGGAAAAAAAAGUUAAUAAAAAAUUGUUGAAAAAAUCUAAAAAGAAAAACUCAAAGAAAUUUGGAAUCUUAACUAAAGACAAUGGAGAUGCUGAAAGAAUCUUGAUCCCUGCUGAAUUAAUGGUUUCUCGAGCUACUCCUGGUACUCACAAUUUGUUUUCUCAAAAUAGUUCAAAUUAUCCUUUUCAAUUGACAAAAAUCAAUGUAACAUCAAUAAGAAAAGCACCCGUAUUGUCCACUUCAAUUGCCCAUGAAGUUUCGGACAUCAACCAUGGAAUCGUCGAGUUUUCAAUUGCGAGUAAACUCUUUGAUAAAUUUUGGAAUCAAAUAUUUUGGGCAUUUCUCUAUAUUUUGUAG